AUGGACAAGGACUGGAUGCACAUGCCAAACAGGUUUACGUCACGGGAAUAUGCUGAAGGGAUUAAGCAACUCCUCACAAUGGCCAAAGCCCAUGCACCUGGAAGCACUACCUUUAGGUGUCUGUGUAAAAGAUGUUGUAAUAACAUUUUUCUACCAAUAACUCAAGUAGAAGAUCAUCUAUUCACGAUAGGUAUUGAUCCAAGUUAUACACAUUGGAUAUUUCAUGGAGAGGAUGAAAGUUGGAUUGCUAAUUCGUCAGACAGUGAUGAGAAUAUAGAUAAUGAAAGUCAGAAUAAUGUUGAUGAUAUGGAUGAAUUGCUCGAGGACAUUCGCGCUGGUGCAUUCAUGGAACAUGAUUAUUUCGAACAGGGUACUACCUCACAACCCACCAUGAGUGAAAGGCAAUCGAAAAAUUUUGAACAAUUAUUAGAUGAUGUCAGAUGUCCACUUUAUCCCCAUUGUGAAAAAUUCUCUAAGCUUUCAUUUAUAGUUAAGCUACUCCAUAUCAAAACUAUUGGUGGGUGGACUAUCAAGUCAUUUAACAUGGUUUUACAAUUGUUAAAAUCAGCUUUCCCAGAUAUUCAGUUGCCAAACACAUACCACGAGGCUCGACGGUUAGAGCAUGGGCUAGGUUUCAGUUAUGUGAAGAUAGACGCUUGCCCAAAUGACUGCAUGCUUUUUUGGAAAGAUGAUGCUGACAAAGAAACUUGUUCGAAAUGCAACGAGUCAAGGUGGGUGUCAAGUAGAAGAAAAAAGGGGAAGAUUCCCCAAAAGGUAUGCCGGUACUUUCCUUUGAAACCUCGAUUACAAAGAUUGUUUAUGUCAAAGAAUAUUGCAAAAUCUAUGAGAUGGCAUAAAGAAGAACGAGUUGAUGACCAUAGUACUUUAAGGCAUCCUGCUGAUUCUAAGAUGUGGAGACAAUUUGAUAAGGACUAUAGAUGGUUUGCAAAAGAUGCUCGGAAUGUAAGACUGGGCCUAGCCAGUGAUGGGUUCAAUCCAUUCAAUAAUAUGAGUAAACCUUAUAGCAUUUGGCCUAUGAUACUUGUGCCAUACAACUUGCCCCCUUGGUUAUGCAUGAAAGAUCCGUACUUAAUACUCUCCUUGCUCAUACCUGGCCCCAAAGCACCGGGAAACGACAUUGAUGUUUAUUUGCAACCUUUAGUGAAUGAAUUAAAAGAAUUAUGGAAGGAAGGCAUAGAUACCUAUGAUGCAUCAAAGCUUGAAAAUUUUCAGUUACAUGCUGCACUAUCAUGGACAAUUAAUGAUUUUCCCGCAUAUGCCAAUCUUUCCGGGUGGAGUACAAAAGGAAAUAUGGCUUGCCCAGUAUGCAAUGUAGAUACAUAUUCGAAGUGGUUGAAACAUGGGAGGAAGCACUGUUACAUGGGUCAUCGUCGUUUCUUGCCAUUCAUGCACGCUUGGAGAAAGAAAAAGGCUGCAUUCAAUAGAAGCGAGGAUCAUCGCUUGCCACCUCCAGAUCUAGUAGGACAUGAUAUACUCCAUCAACUAGAGCAGGUUGGUAACACUGAAUUUGGCAAAGGCUCUCGAAAGAGAAAGCGCACACCAUCUGAAUUGAACUGGACAAAACGAAGUAUAUUCUUUCAUUUACCUUACUGGUCCACGUUGCUGUUAAGACAUAACCUCGAUGUCAUGCACAUUGAAAAAAACAUUUGCGACAAUGUCUUAGGAACAUUGAUGGAUAUUGAAGGAAAAACCAAAGACACAGCUAAUUCACGUAGGGAUUUGAUGGAGCUUGGAUUAAGGAAGGAAUUACAUUUACAGCCUUCGGCGAAUGGAUGUGUUUCAGUUGCUGAUAGGAAGAUAUCAGGAAUGAAAAGUCAUGACUGUCAUGUGUUCAUGCAAAGAUUACUUCCAGUUGCAAUUGGUGGGUUUUUACCAUCUGAUAUACGACUUGCAUUGACCGAGUUGAGUUCCUUUUUCAAAGCUUUGUGCGCCCGGACGUUAACACUAGACAUAUUGAAGCGACUACAAGAUGACAUUGCAAUUAUCCUCUGUAAGCUUGAGAUGAUUUUCCCACCUGCUUUCUUCGAUAUCAUGGUACACCUUGCCAUUCAUUUACCCCGCGAGGCUUACCUUGCAGGGCCUGUUCAAUAUAGAUGGAUGUAUCCUUUUGAAAGAUAUUUGGGAAAAUUCAAACGUUAUGUCAGAAAUAAAGCUCGUCCGGAAGGUUCAAUUGCUCAAGCAUAUGUCCAUGUUGAAUGCUUAUCCUUUUGCUCCUUGUACAUCCAUGAUGUUGAGAGCAUACAUAAUCGGGAGGAACGAAAUAGAGAUAUAGAUAAGGGUGUAGAUCAAUCUAAACAUUUCCCUAUUUUCUCACAAAAGGUACGUCCUUUGGGUUCACCAAGCUCUAAUCGAUUGGAUAAGACUCUAUUUGCAAAGGCAAGGUGGUACGUGCUUAAUAAUUGUGCAGAGAUCAGUCAAUACAUAGAUGAGCACUAUAUGAAAGUGAAAGAAAUUUCUUCCGAGAAUGUCGAUCGUUGA